AUGACAGACUAUAACUCUUCAACACCAACCUCUCCUCGCGUUAGACACACCACACGAGUUUAUCGUGACUACACUUCGUCUUUUGACGAGGCCGAAGAAAGUGACGCAUAUGAAAAAAGAUUUUCGGAAACCAGCUCAAAUAGAUGGCGGGCCAACAGCGUAAAUUCCGCGUUCGGUUUGACUUUUGUGCAAGGUAGGAGAUUUGAGAUAAAGGAGGAAGACAAUAACAAUAGUACAUUAAGCUCACGGAGAAGGCGUGGUCGAAACUGGGAAACCGACGACGAACUGUUCAAACCAACUUUCAGGAACUCGUGUCCCAUAUCACAGUUACCGUCGCAUAAUCAAAAUUCCAACAAUAACAGCCCCAUAGAUGAAGCCACCAGGUCAUUGCUUUACCUACUUAACAAGGAACGUACGAAAAGGCGUGAAUUACAAAAGGCUCACGAGGAAUCCCUUCAGGAACUCCGAAAAAGGUACGACGAUGACAUCCAAGCUCAUGAGAGCGAUAUCCAAACAUUACAGGAUGCUCUGCUUAAGGAAUCUAAGGUAAAGGCCCAGUUAAAUAACCUCCUUCGUGAGGCUCAAGCAAAGUUUACCGAGGAAAUGCAGGUGUGGGCCAGAAAGGUGGCUGAAAUGGAAGCUCAGGGAAAAGAAUUGCAAAAGACUUUUCUCGAAACAAUGGAACAAUUAGAAAGGGAAGAGGAGGAAAUAAUGAGGUUGAGGAAAGAGAAUCAAGCAUUGAGGGAGCAAUCUGCGGGUAAUUGCACCAUUGACUCUUCAAGCCUAAGUAGAAGAAACCUCGAAGAUGUCCUCAAGGUUGGGUCCAUGGAAGAUAGAGAUGAUAUAUCUGUUUCAACGGAAACCAAGCAUACAAUGGAAUGUAACGAAAUAUCGGACACUGAAUCCGUCAUGAUUGAUUCCAGGAUUUCUGAAUUAAAGGAUCGCAUCGCCGAAUUAGAGAACGAACUCAUCUCCACCAAGGAAGAAAAUCAAAAAUACAAAUCUGCAUUACAAGAACGUGAGGUUGAGAUGCAAUCGGCUAUAAAGCAACUCGAGGAGAAGAAUGAAAAACAAGUGAGAUUGCUUCGUGCAAACAUCACUCAGCAACAAAAGACAAUAAGCGAUCUGAAUCAAAAUCUACGCAAGGCAAAAUACAAUGAACAUCAGAAGCAACAAAAACAACCUCAUCAACUGAUCCCAAGACCCUCACUACUUAUACAACAAAAACCGCUGGAUGAUGACGAUGACGAAAGUAGUAAUCAUCAUCGUAUGAUUCAGAACAAACGUCGAGCUAUCUUGGCUGAUUUAUCUGAAAACCUUUCGCUGAAAGAACGGAAGAAUAGCGUAACUAGUACCAACAGCGGUAGCGUUGAAAGCAAUAGUAUUAAAAGCGGAAGCAUCGGAGGGAAAGACGGAAGAAAGAACAACGUAAUUGAAGAUGGUGAAGAGCAAUCUGAGGUUUGCUCGGAGGAAGAAGACGACCAAUCUUCAUCUUUCUGCACUGGAAGCGAAAAUUGGGUGCAAAGUCGUUUCGGAAGCGAGGAAGCAGCGAGCACCAUCGAACUCCGCAACAAAAAUCUUGAUAGAUUGGUACCUUCGUUAUCCGAAAGGCAACAGCAUCAACAUCAAAUUUCCGAUGAGGGAAAUGAAUUGGAAGAUGAAGAAUAUAUGCUAGAUGCCAUCUUGUCUGAUCGAGAAGAUCGUUCGUUGCCCUUGAUUGGUCACUAUUCAGCUGCGGAAUUUACGGAAGACGAAGAUUACGUUGAUUACACCGACAGGAUGAUUUCUGGCGGUGGUUCGAUUAGUAGAAGGCAUAGCCUGACGGAAAAGUAG